CAAAUAUUUGUCUCUUUUGUUUUCAGUUCCUCUCAAUUAAUGGUAUAAAUUGUUUCCAACAAAUCAUUUAUUAAACAUUCAAUUGCGAGACAUUUGGGCGAAACUUCAUUCAUUCAGAGUGUAAUCCUAUUCAUUAGUAACAAUAAUAAUACAAAUUUGCUCAACAAUUAUGAAGUUUAGAUCGAUAGUCAGUUUUAGCCAUAAUUCGCGAACAAACGCUAUUUUUUGUCUCAUUUUUAUGAUUAUUUCUUCAUUACAAUCAUUGGUUUGGAGCGUUAGAAUACAUCCCCAGGAGAAGGUUAAGGCCAUUUGGAACCGACAGAUACUGUUUGUCAUAUGUCUGAAGGAUCCCAAUCAAAAUGAGGGAGUACUUAAUUGGUAUCACGUGGGCAGAUAUGAACCAAUUGACGACAACAGUGAGGCCCCUGUAUACCAGCAACAUGGAGCUGAUUCGGCCAAACUGUUCCUGGUCAAUGUUCCCAAACGAUAUUCGGGAUUCUAUGAGUGCAGACAAACUAAGAAUAGUAAAGUGAUUUCUUCGGACAAAUUUGAGCUAAAAGUUUACAAUUCUAUUGAAACGGAAGGAAACAAAGAUAGUUAUGUGGGCACAGAAGGGGAUGCCUUCACAAUGUUAUGCUUCUCUAAGUUUGAUUCUGACCGCGAUGCCACUGAAGCACAGGUCUCAUGGAUUCACAACAAUAUUCGCAUUGUAGACGACGACAAGCACUUUACGGUUAGAUCUCGAGUGGAACAGUCUGUCACUCAGAAGACAAUCAGAAGUACACUCGGCUUCAAAAGAUUGAUCAAAGAGAAUGAAGGCGUCUAUACGUGUGAAUCGGUUUACGCCAACCCUUUCCUCACAGACAUGAAGAGUAUAGACAUUAAUCUCAGAGUUCAAUGUAAGCCU